AUGGCCCACGACUCUAAUAGGGGGGAGCCUAAGCCGACGACACAGGACCUGAAGCCUGGCGACUCCGACUCCGCGCGCCCUAGCGCCAGCGAAAUUGAGGACAUUGGUGGCGACGCAAUGGGCGGACAUUCGCGCACGUGGCAGGUGCUGAAGGGGGAGUCCGAAGAAACGGAAAGGAAGACGGCCAGGAGCACGAGCGGCAGUGAUGAUGGAGUCGGAAGCAUAGGCGCGUCGAACGAGGCCGCCAUUGAGAUGAGUACGGGAGUGGCGCACACGACACACGCGCCCUCUGGCUCCGGGUCGCCGAAGGCGGAAGCUGGUCGCACCGGGGCCGGGGCUGGGACAGAGACGGGGGUGGCGGGAGUCGAGUACAAGGUGUAUAAACGGCGAUGGUUUGGAUUGCUACAGCUGACGUUGCUAAAUAUCAUCGUCAGCUGGGAUUGGCUCACCUUCUCUCCCGUUGCUAGCCAUGCAGCGCGGUACUUCAACACUACCGAGACUGUUAUCAACUGGUUGAGCACGGCCUUCCUCUUCUCCUUCGUUUUCAUCACCCCCGUGGUCAUCUACGUGCUACAUCUGGGCCCAAAGAAAUCCAUCGUCACGGCUGCGGCCUUCCUGCUCGUCGGGAACUGGAUCCGCUAUGCUGGUUCGCAUUCCAGCUCAGGAGGGCUCUUUGGGGUGGUUAUGUUCGGCCAGAUCCUCUGCGGCCUUGCGCAACCGUUCGUGCUUGCCGCCCCGACGCGGUAUUCUGACCUCUGGUUCACCAACAGGGGGCGGGUCGCCGCAACGGCCCUGUCGAGUCUCGCAAACCCCUUCGGCGCCGCCCUUGGCCAAUUGGUCGUCCCGUUUUGGGUUACCCAGCCCGGCGACGUCUCCCACAUGGUCCUCUAUGUCUCCAUAAUCUCUACAAUCGGCGCAGUCCCUGCCUUCUUCAUCCCCUCUCAACCCCCUACCCCAGUAGCACCCUCCGCCGAGACUCCCAAACUUUCUAUCGGCGCGUCCGCCAGAAUCCUCUCCAACCAGCUAGAGUUUUGGCUGCUCUUCAUCCCUUUCGCCAUGUAUGUCGGGCUUUUCAACUCGAUAUCCUCCCUCCUCAACCAGAUACUUCUCCCGCACGGCUACAACGAAGAGGAAGCGGGCAUCGCGGGCGCGGUUCUCAUCGUCGUGGGGUUGGUUGCCUCGGCUAUCUCGUCACCUAUCAUCGACCGGACGAAAUCAUACCUGCUUGCGAUCAGACUAGCCGUCCCACUUAUCGGUCUCUGCUAUCUCAUAUUCAUCUGGAUGCCCAAUACGCGCGAUGGCGGUGGCGUUGCCGGCCCAUACGUGGUUAUGGCCAUUUUGGGGGCUUCCUCGUUUUCGAUGUUACCGAUCGUCGUCGAAUACCUCGUCGAGCUGACGCACCCCAUCAGCCCGGAGAUCACGUCGACGCUGGCGUGGAGUGGCGGGCAGCUGCUGGGUGGGAUAAUUAUCAUCGUUUCCGGGGCGCUGAGAGAUGGGGCGGACGGGGAUCCGCCGGGGGAUAUGAGGGAUGCAUUGAUCUUGCAUGCGGUGCUCGGCUUGGUGGUGGUCCCAUUGCCCUUGUGUCUGGGGCUGUUUGGGCGGAAUGAGAAGUUGCUGUUGAGGAGGGUAAAGUCGGAUCAGGAGGCGAGGGACAGCACCAGUACGGGACAUGGCCGUGAGGGAUUGUGA